GCGGGGACCCAGCCGAGAGGCGCAGGAAGGAAACGCUUUGCCGCAGCUCCGGGUCCCGCCUGUGUAGCUUGUACCCGGCGUUGAGGGGCUUUGCCCGGCAAUGGAUUGGGAGAGUUACAGCCCCUGAGCCCGGGACCUUCCCCCGCCUCCUUCCCGCAGCUCCUCUUGCCCGAGUCCCCGUCUGGGCUGCAGGAAAAGCCGUCGCCUCUAGCCGGGCAUCCCCCUCCCCAGUUGCGCCGAAGAGGCAAGUCCGGCUUCCCCCCUCGCUUUAAAAUGGAAGGACGCAGCCCGCGGAUGGCUCUGCAGCCCCGGACACCCAGCUGCGCGGCGCCCAGCCUCUAGGGGAGCGGAGGGGAUUCCUGCGCUUCCAUUCACGCCCCUCUCCCGCACGGAGCUUCGGCGGGGGCCGAGAGCGAGCUAGGAAGCGAGCUCCUCGCGGGGCUGCUGGGGAGGGAGCGGCGAGCCCCGCUCCGGCGGCGGCUGCACCACCUGGGCUGGGCUGGUGGAAAAGGAUCGUAGCCCAGGGCGCUUUCGCUGCAGCCGCUCCCGAAGAUUGUAUUUGUUUCCCAAGUGUUUCCGCACGAUCACGCCCACGGGGCGCCGCGCGCGCGCGUGUUUCGCUGGAAAGCCCUAAUUCCUGCGAUUGCUGAUGGACCUUGGAAAGGAGCCUGCCCUGGUGCCCUGCUCCGCGCUGGGAGCGCCCGCGCCGGACAGAGGUCUGCGUCUGCCUGGUGUCAGCUCGCCGGGCCCCAGCGCUCCCCCUCGCCGGGCUCGCUCCCUUCCUGGCCCCUGGCAGCCGCCGCCGCCCGCUGCUUUGGAGGAUACCGCAUAGCUCCUGCGAGCCCGGAUUUACUCUCGCCGCCUCCUUGCCCUUUCUCCCCCGGCCCCCCUUGGAUUACUUGGCUGCUCUCGCUCGGCGAUUCCCCCUGCAAUGGAGAAAUCUAUUGGAAUAUUAGUCCAAGGAGGUGCUUUGGGGACAGUUGGCAGUGCAAUGGCUUCCAAGUACCUCAUAGUGGUUCUGGCCAUUUUCUCCUCUUUUGCCCAAGUUGUAAUAGAAGCCAGCUCCUGGUGGUCUUUAGGUAUGAAUCAUAUGAAUCCUAUGAACCCUGUUCAGAUGUCAGAGGUAUAUAUAAUAGGAGCACAGCCACUAUGUAGUCAACUAGCAGGACUUUCCCAAGGACAGAAGAAACUCUGCCACUUGUAUCAAGACCACAUGCAGUAUAUUGGAGAGGGGGCAAAGACAGGCAUUAAGGAAUGCCAGUAUCAGUUCAGACACAGAAGAUGGAAUUGCAGCACUGUGGACAACAACUCUGUUUUUGGCAGAGUCAUGCAGAUAGGCAGUAGGGAGACUGCCUUUACUUACGCAGUCAGUGCUGCCGGGGUGGUUAAUGCAAUGAGUCGUGCCUGCCGAGAGGGGGAGCUCUCCUCCUGUGGCUGCAGCAGGGCAGCCAGGCCCAAAGAUUUACCCCGGGACUGGCUGUGGGGUGGCUGUGGGGAUAACAUCGAAUAUGGCUACCGCUUCGCCAAGGAGUUUGUGGAUGCUCGGGAGCGUGAGAGAAUUUAUCAGAAAGGCUCUUACGAGAGUGCUAGGAUUUUGAUGAACCUGCAUAACAACGAGGCUGGAAGACGAACUGUGUAUAACUUGGCUGAUGUGGCCUGUAAGUGCCAUGGAGUGUCUGGCUCCUGCAGCUUGAAGACCUGUUGGCUGCAGCUGGCCGAUUUCCGCAAAGUGGGCGAUGCCCUGAAAGAGAAAUACGAUAGCGCUGCUGCCAUGAAACUCAACAGCCGGGGCAAGCUGGUGCAAGUGAACAGCCGCUUCAACACGCCCACCAUCCUUGACCUGGUCUACAUUGACCCUAGCCCCGACUAUUGCGUGCGCAAUGAGAGCACCGGCUCCCUGGGCACUCAGGGCCGCCUCUGCAAUAAGACCUCAGAGGGCAUGGAUGGCUGUGAACUCAUGUGCUGUGGCCGGGGCUAUGACCAGUUCAAGACAGUGCAGACAGAGCGCUGCCACUGCAAGUUCCAUUGGUGCUGCUAUGUGAAAUGCAAGAAGUGCACAGAGAUCGUGGACCAGUUUGUGUGCAAAUAGGGGGUGAUGAGGUGGGAGGAGCUUCUCCCACCUGGCGGCAAGGGUGCUACCCCCAGGACAAUCUCUACUUUAUUUAUAGAGUCCAAUGAUUUUUUUUCUUUUUUUUUUUAAUAAAGGUUACAAAAAGAAGUGACUGGAACCUUUUCUGCACCCAUCCUAGGACUGUGUGUGGUUUAUUUUGGCAAUAAUGGGGGAGAACCUAAGAAAAUAUUUAUUUUACCCAAAAAAA